AUGUGCAGGAAGAGCUCCCCCUACAGGACCUUGGAGCCAGUGUGCCCCCCAGUGGUGCCCAACGAUUAUGCGUCCAGCCCCACCAGAAACAAUAUGGCCCCUGGGCAGCUUCCCAGUCCGGCUCGCACCGCCACCCUCAACCAUCGACCCCGAACCUGCAGUGGCAGCAGUGGCGGCAGUCACCUCAGCAGCAGCAGUCGAAGCAGCAGCAGAGAAAACAGCGGCAGCGGCUGUGUGGGCGUUCCCAUCGCUGUGCCGACGCCCUCCCCACCCUCCACCUUUCCAGUUUCUCCAACAACUGGACCAGCUAGCUCCUCCUCCACCGCUCCUAACUCCUCCCCGUCCCCAACUCCGUCCUCCUUCUCCUCUUCUUCCUCCUCCACCACAACCCUCACACAACCCAACGCACCCCUGCAGCCAAACUCCCCCUCACGACCUGUUGACUCCCCUCCUCAGUCAAACGCACCCUCCACCCCUCCACCCCUCUCUAACUCCUCGUCUGAGCUCCAGUCAGACGCUCUACCUGGAGAAGUCUCUCCUCUUCUUCCUCCUGCCCCUCCUCCUCCUCUCUCCUCCUCCUCACCUGCUGAAGGACCGAUUGUCCCUCAGUUCUACAGCAUGAACCGACCUCAGCCACGACAGCAGACUCCACAGGUGGGCGGGUCGCUGCCAUACCGCCGCCCCCCCUCUGUGACAGACCAGCCAAUCAUAACAGAGAACCACGUCAACGGUGGUCCCUAUUACAACCAAAGCCCAGCCUCCCCCCCGCCUCCAUCACUCCUCCAGUUCACCCCUCAGCUGCCUCUCAUGGGGUUUGUUGCUCGAGUUCAGGAGUCCAUUUCAGACGCCCCUCCCCCUCCUCAGGCUGCUGCUGAGGAGCCCCUGCCGACUCCUCAGCCAGUGGAAGACGGACAUGAAGAGGACUCAGCAGUGGUGGAGUACAGCGACCCGUACACUGAAGAAGACCCUCCGUGGGCCCCCAGAACCUACCUGGAGAAAGUGGUGGCCAUCUAUGACUACACAGCUGACAAGGAGGACGAGCUAUCGUUCCAGGAAGGAGGGAUCAUCUACGUGGUCAAGAAGAAUGAGGACGGGUGGUUCGAAGGGGUGAUGAAUGCGACCACCGGCCUCUUCCCCGGAAACUACGUGGAGUCCAUCAUGCACUACGCUGACUGAGGAGAGAGAAGACGAGCGUCUGUGUUGUCUUGUUCAGUCCUGAAGAUCCUGAACUGAGCAGACGGACGUUUGUGAAAAGAAAAGUCAUAUUUUGUUGUCAGUCUGCGUCAGAAUCAGAUUCCAGCUCCUGUAAGUGACACUGAACAUGUUCUGCUACGUCCACGUCUCUUCAGAGGAUGUUCGCUCUGAUCUGACCUGCAGUCGUCUCGUUGGAACACAGAGAAGCAUCAACUUAAUGCUGUUAGAAGUUUAGUUAUUAAAUUGAGUUUUAUUGUGUUCACAAGAAAUUCAUUCAGAGAAGGUGUCGCACCAACAUUGAUUUUCUUGUGUUAGCAUUAGCUGUUAGUAGAAAUUCAGUAUCAGACGUUCUGUCUGUUCUCUGCUUCUAUCCCUUCUGUACCUCCUCUGAGGUUAGCAUGCUAACCAGCUAGCUGCUGUGUCUAAUCCCAGAGCUUCAAACACAGAUGGAGGGGAAGCUAUGCAAAAUACACGUUUGCACUCAACACUGAAACCCGACGUUUCUGUUUGGCUCAAAACACUUUGAAUUUCCCGCCUCUGGCCUUUUUCACCUUUUUUCCUGUUGAGCUGUAGCAGAGCGGGAGUCUGAGUUUCUGCUGCAGCUUCUUCAUUUCAGCAUUUAAAAGCUGCUGCUACACGGAUACAUCACGCCAACCCUACACCCA